UCACUGUCGAUGCGGUGGCUCCCGUCAAAAAAGCUUCAGAGUCCGGCCGGCCGACACAGGUUCGAGCUGUCACGUAUCGUGUCACGAUUCCCUCGGUGUUCCUCGCAGGGAAAACCACCCCCGUCAGCCCCCGCGAAAGAAAUCGGUUUCGGUUUCCAACCCUCAGGAUGCUAAACGCCCGGUCCGUGACGGCUCGUCGAACCUCGAUGCUCGUCAGGAUACCUGCAGACGAUCGGAUCUUCCCUUGAGACUGGUCACCGGGCUCGAAGAACCCGAACAGGGUGAACUACCCCUCGCCUGGAACAGUGGAGCGAGGAAUUCUCGUGUUACGGACGCUUCGAGUGCCUCUUUCGUGAUACCUUGUUUUGUGGCUGCUCUUCUUUUCAUUGGACUGUGACUCUGGACGCCGGGGGGUGGAAGAGGGUUAACAGUGAUCGGGGGUGGUUGCAGAGGUUGAUCGAGACGGUUCUUACGGAUUUCGAAGGAUAUCGCGGACGAGGGUUUUCGAAGUGAGUGGAACAGUGUGAUAAGAACUGAAGUAUCAAGAGUUUUCGGAUACUUGCAACCAUGUUGGAAUUCUACCCGCCGCUUCCCGGUACCCUGAACCGGCAGGCUGAAUCAGGUCCGCCGACGAUGGGCUCCGCGGCGCCGCCGAUGCCGUUUAGACCUACGAAUGAUAAUAACAAUGGAGAGCCGUCGGUGUCUGUGAAAACGGAGUCCGGCCUCUUGGAGACGAUCUGUGCGGGCUGCGACCGUACGAUAGCCGACAAAUACGUGAUGCAGGUCGCCGGAAGAAACUACCACGAGGAAUGUCUUUCCUGCGCCGUCUGUGCCGUUCCUCUCACGCAGUCCUGCUUCAUUCGCGAGCUGAAGUUUUACUGCAGGUCCGACUACGAGAGGAUCUUCAGCGUGAAGUGCGCCAGGUGCAUGGAGAAGAUCAGCUGCUCGGACUUCGUCCUCAAGGCGCCCGGUCUGGUCUUCCACGUCGAGUGUUUCGCGUGUUGCGUCUGCGGCCAGCCUCUUCCACCGGGCACCCAAUACUUCCUGAGACAGGGCCAGCCGAUCUGCAAAAGGGAUUACGAGAAUGAGCUUUACCUGAACAGCCCCCAAGACUAUGACCUGCUGGACGAAAGUCGGCCCCGCGAUGGUCGUCGAGGUCCGAAACGGCCCCGGACCAUCCUCACCUCAGCGCAGAGGCGUCAGUUCAAGGCCUCGUUCGAGGUCUCCCCGAAACCCUGUCGGAAAGUCCGCGAAGCACUGGCGAAGGACACUGGUCUCAGUGUUCGCGUGGUGCAGGUCUGGUUCCAGAACCAGCGGGCCAAGAUGAAGAAGCUGCAGAGGAAAGCGAAGACCGAGCCUGGAUCGGACAAGGAACCAAAGGAAGAACGCCGACCGGAAAGCCCUCACAGCGAUCACAGUCAUUAUUUGAACGCCAUGAACAUGCGCGACGGGGAAUCGUCUAGCUUCUCCUCAGCCACGCAACCGCUCAACCCCAAUAACCCGUACUCGCCCGACGACACAUAUCCUGGACAUUCGGGAGAGAGUUUCUGUAGCAGCGAUUUGUCGCUGGACGGAACGGAAGCUGGCUUCGACAUAGGCGAAAACGAGGGCGGCGGCGGCCAAGAUGGCGGCCAUCAAGGUGGAGGAUCCCACCCCCAUCACGGGCCAACAUCGCACGAGGCGCCAUCCUUGUCGCAAAGUUUGCACGCCGCGAUUCACAACCCCAUCGACAAACUGUUCAUGAUGCAGAGUAGUUACUUCAGUGGUGACCACGCGUAAUCCGAAACCCGUUUCCCCCAUUGUUUCCUUUCGUUUGGUGCCGGAUCGGUUCUCCGGACCCCAUGACGUAGCUGGUCCCUGCGUCGAACAGCGUGAACCCCCAUUUUCCGUUCCUUUCUUUCAUCUUCUUUCUUUCUUUUUCAUACAUAUGUCAUUUCCCAAAUUUUGUUAGUGUUCAACUGGUGGUGUGAUUCAUGGUGCACCGUAACUUCUUCAGAUAGCAAUAUUUUGAUAUUGAAAUGAAUUGAACGCGUUCGUGAAGUUGAAACUGUGAUGUUUUUCUUGCAAUUAACGCAUUUUCGUUUUAUUUGAUGUAAAGAUCAGCCUUUUGGCGAAUCUUUGAAUUAGUACAGACGUAGGUGAUAUUUAUUUAAAUAAAUGCACAAGGUCGCUCCACUGGUUGACGAUCGAACGUUUUAUUUGUUUAGCGCAGAGUAUUUUAUAUUCGCGGAGAGUAAUAAUUUAUUUAACAAUUGCUUGAUUGUACCGGUGAUUGCGGGAAUGUUAACGAGACACUUCGUUCAAUAUUUUAUAGAGAGAUAGGGAAACUGCCUGCGUUUAUUUAUGUAAUAUUGUUAAGUUGAUAGAGCGAGGUUAGAGUAAGCUACAGUAGGAUAUGUACAAAACGUUAUCGAAUCCAUUUCCUUUUCAUUCUUCAUCGAACCUACCAAUUCAAGAGGAUUUAUUUUCCAUAUUUUCGAUUCGAUAUUGUUAUUAGACUGCGGACGUUUAUGUAACGAUAAAGCAAGCACGUGUUAAUUAUUUAACAUGAUCGAGAAAGUCUCAGAGAUUGAUAAUGCACGUACGAGAAAUAUCGAAAAUCCGUAGUCUAAUUAUUCUACAAAUUUUUGUUUAUCAACGGAGUAUCAUUCCGUUCAUUCUGUGAUUCGUUCUAAUUAUUUCCCGUCUCAUUAUCGCGCGAUUCUCGUUCGUAGAGCAAUCAUUAAUUUCAAUGAUGAUCUCGAUGUACCAAAGACAGCGAGGACACGAUAUAGCGCAAAGAAUACCGCGGUUCGAUUUACUAUUAAGCGAUGUAUCCUUCGGUUUACACGUAUAAAAAGAUAAAAAAAAACAUAUAUUUAAGCACCGACGAACGUUCGUACCUUAUUUCUGUCCCGAAUGAUGGUCAUCGACAGAGGAAUCGAUCGCACAGAUCAGAAUCCCUUUGUUAAAAAUGAUCCCUGGACGAAGAAAAGAUAUUAAAUUAACGUUGAAUCGCUGCGAAAGAUUUCUUCAAUUUGCAUACCGAUUGAAAGCAGAACAGAUAGAGAAUUUUCUCCAGGCUCUUAAAAGAAUUAUGAAUCGAUUGAAAUAAUUGCAGUGAAUUUUAACAGACACAGAAUUCUUAAUUUUAUGUCAAAGCCGCACAAGUGAAAUUAUUUGUUGCAGAUUUAAAUGAAUUAAUAACAAGCUGAAAACUGCAAUGAAUCCUGGCAAUCAUAAAAUGUUCAAUUCCCAUUCUUUUAAUCCUAGAGUAAAUAUAUUUAAACGUUUGAUGCGAAAAUGUUCGUUUCUACCUAUGUGAAAAAUGUAAGAAAUGUUUCGCAACGAAUGAGCUACGAAAGGAUCGUUUAGUAAAUGUGAGGUAACUGAGAGAAAGGAAUUUUACCAAGGAGAUGGAUGAAUGAACAAUGUAAAUGAAAGUCAGUCCGAAGCACACCCUCGAGCUCUAGGAAGAUGGAUAUUCAGGAAGCGUUGACGUGUUGAAUCGUAGCGUUGCAAUCCGAUUUACAGAGGAAUAAUAGCCCGGCUAUGUCCGACGAAGCGAUUAACUAGAAACUACGAAUUAGUGAGAAUUACAAUACAUUAUAUAAAAAAAA